UAUUUGUGUAUGGCGAGAGGAGAAAGAACGAAUUGAGAAAGAAGAAAGCUCGUCCUUAUCUUGUCGUCCCACUAUUAACUGAAACAGUGCCUUUCUAAAAUGGCUCGACUGUGUUUUCUCGUUGUUUGUAUCUUUAUCUACUCAUCGGCUCUUUUAGUAUCAGCUCAAGACUGUCGUCUACCAACCAUAGCUGAGAUAGAGGCUGCAUUAGGUCCGAUAAUACCUACUAGUGAUGGUAACGAGGUGUUCUCUCCUAAUAUCACUGAAGGAUCAGUUCAAUAUGUCUGUCUAGCUCAAGGAAGCAUGAUUGAUACUUAUGAAGGAAUCUCUCUUAUAGCUACAUUCACUCGUAACCCAGGAGAAGCUGAACGAACUAGAAUAUUUGAUAUUGAAUGUAACAGUGGUACAUGGAGUGGAAGGACUGGUAGUGUAGAGGCUCCUGCUAAUGACAUAAUUGGUGUUCCUCCGAGAACCAAUUGUUAUCGGUGUCGGGAUGGUUUUGGUGGUAAUACAAGAUGUAGAGAAUGUGACUCUGCUUGUAGUUCUGGACUGAUGAGGUGUACUGGAUCAGGCUCUGGUGAUUGUUGUUUAUCAUUUACUCGUAAUGGUCAGUGUGAUGGUAGCACUGACUGUACAUCAUCAGGUCCUAACUAUGUUGCUACUGAGAGUAAUAACUUCACUUGCAGUUGUAAUUUAACCUGUCCUAAUGGUUUUACUGUUAAUUCUAAUUGUACUGACUGUGAUCUCGUUAGUAUCUGUAAUGCAUCCAAUCCGUGUAUGAAUGGAGGGCGGUGUAUACAGAAUUCACCUGCUGAUAAUUACACUUGUGAUUGUACUGGUACUGGACAUGAAGGAGUCAACUGUACUGUGAUGCCCUCUUCCACUCCUUCCCCUACUCCAUCUUCCACUCCUGUUCCAUCAUCAACUCCCUCACCCUCUCCCUCAUCAACUCCCACACCAGUAUGUACCAUUUCAAACUGUGCUAGUUGUCAAAACUCAUCUUGUUGUAAAACCUGUUCAACUGACUUCUAUCUGACUAAUGGAUGUACCUGUGGACCUUGUGAUUUGCCUAACUGCUUGAGGUGUCGGCCACCUACUAGAUGUUGUAUGACCUGUGAAUCUGGAUAUGAGGUUAAUGACUGUGGAUGUGAAAUUAUGUCUAGCUCAGUUAAACCCCCAGAGCCUACCAGCACUCCAGAAAGACCCUCAGAAACAACAGGGUUUAGUAGUGGGACGUUAAUUGGAGUCAUCAUUGGUACAAUACUUGGUAUAUUACUAUUGCUAACAUUGGCAGCAGUUGUUGCUUAUGUUAUAUAUUACGUUGCAGUUGGAGGAGGAGCUGCUGUCACCAAAGCUAAGCCAAAAUCGCCUUUUGCUAAUGGUGAGUCACAUAACAAUCCCUUGUACUUGGCACCAGAUGAUGUUGCUGGCGAAGUAGCAGACUAAGUACUAGUGACACUACACCUCUCUAUAUGUAACCUCUCUCUCCUACUCGAUCCUCUUCCCUCCUCCUUUCUCUCUCUCUCUCUGUCUCUAAUCAUAUCUUUUAUUUACAGUGCUAUCAUAAUUAAUAAUUUUCAUUAUUGUUGUUUGUCGUUUUUUUUUGUCUGAUUUAAUUUCAUGAUUUUUGAUGUGUUUAAGUUAGAAUGAUACGUGUAUUAUUAUUAUUAUUAUUAUUUUCAUUGAUUAUUAUUAUCAUUAUUAUUAUGAUUAUUAUUA